AUGGCCAUGUUUGAGUUCCGCCAGAUUGAAGGAGCUGGGACAGCGACCUUCGCGACGCAAGAUAUCCCGCGCGGCUCUAAAAUCCACCAAGAAAGUCCGCUCAUGGUCUAUCCGACCGGGGAGGACAGUUUCCCCCCAAACCCUGACAGACUUUUCAACAAACUCGUACGGGGAAGCAAUAACCUGGACGACUACAUGGGACUGUUUGCCCUGGAAAGUUGCGUGAACACAGCACGCGAAACAAUGGGCCCGGCGCCGACGGGAGCGCCGGCAGCGCUUGCGGAGGUCAAAGCCUGGGCUUUGGGUAUCUAUUGCACGAACUGCUUCAACAUCACAAUCGAUGCAGAAAAGCCAGAGAAUGCGGUGUACAAGGAGAUGUCCCGACUGAACCACGUGUGCUGCAACAACGCAACGUGGAGUACCGGAACUAAGAAGUCGCUGGUAAUGUCGGCCUCACGCGACAUCAAGGCUGGUGAGGAGAUCACCACCAGAUACUCGGAUGUCUGGCAGCCAUACAGCCAGCGCCAGAGCAAACUGUCGUCCUCUUAUGGGUUUCGGUGCCGAUGUGCGCUCUGCGAAAUUGAGAGCUACGUCGAAAACACCCUAGAAGCCAAAGUCUACAUCUUCGGCCGUUUGUUGGUGCAGCAAGACCUCAGAGUCAUGACAAGGUUUUUCCGAAAAUGGUUCAACAGCAUCCAGUGGCGAAACGACAAAGAUCGUGCGAGCUGGUGCACUAAGAACACUCGGUCCCUACUCGACAUCAACGAGGCAGUCGGCUUUGCUGAAAUCGCGCUCGAUGUUCUUGGGAAGAUUGUUGAGAGAGAGCGCACAAACCAUGGUCCUGACAGUAUCGACUUUCAGAAUGCGACGAAGAACGUGGAUGCCUGGGGUAAUGUCAUUGCUGACCUCAGGAAGACGUAUGGAGACAGUUCUGUUUGGCUUGAAAGCGUCAACGCCGAGGAUCCGCGUUUUUAA